AAAAAUAAUAAAUCGAUUAUAAAAUGGACGAUAUAUUCUUUCCACCCACAAAAAGCAAUAGUUUAGACGACUCGGAUGAAGUAGAUUUGAAAUUCUUCGACUCCCAUCAUCAUGACAAUCACAAGACCAGCGAAAGUAGUCAAAAUUCCGAUUCGGAUCACAAAUCGGAGGAUCACCGAGAUUCUAGGGAUGAUGGUGAUGAAAGACGUCGAGUUAAAUCGGAAAAUUCCGACAACAGAGAUGAUACAGAUGGUAAUUCACAAAAUAAAAAACAGAAAUCCAAAAAGGAAAUGGAAGAGGAGGAACGAGAAAAGAUGCAAGUACUGGUGUCAAAUUUUACCGAAGAACAAUUGGAUCGUUAUGAAAUGUAUCGAAGAUCGGCAUUCCCUAAAGCUGCUGUUAAAAGACUGAUGCAAACUAUUACCGGUUGUUCCGUUUCACAGAAUGUUGUUAUAGCCAUGUCUGGUAUAGCCAAAGUUUUUGUUGGUGAAAUUGUGGAGGAAGCUUUGGACGUUAUGGAGGAAAUGGGCGAUACAGGUGCCUUACAACCAAAAUAUUUACGUGAAGCUGUUAGACGUUUAAGACAACGUAAUCGCAUGCCUAUAGGCAAAUUUCAGAAACCUUAUUUUAGAUUAAACUAAUAU